GGAGUGGAAGAGGAGGGUAGUCCUCUCUUUUUUGGUAAAAGAGCGAGAGGCUGAUUCAGACCGGCUGCUGCUCCCUGGUUUCUCGCGGGUCAGUGUCGAUGACUGUUCUCCCAUGUAGCGGCAGGGCCAAAGAGGAAGUUCAGAGGAAAAAAAACACAGCAAGCCUGGGGGCCCGAGGGCAGCGUUUCCCUGAGACUUCUUAAAGAGGAAAGCGUUUAAAUAAUCCAUCUGCAAGUGGAGCGGAGGCGUGCAGAGUCAUGCCCGGCGUGGUGGAUGAGUGACAGGUGAGGCGGUGGCAUCUUAGCAUAGGAGAGCGCACCAACGCAGGGACAGUCUGCAGCAUGAGGCUCGCAGUUCUCGGACUGGGUCUGCUGGUGGCAGGCGUAGCGUCGGGUGUGGCCGGCGCGAGCCAGCGGCGGGGCGGAGACGCCAGGCGCCGAACGCACCGCAUCCAGCAAGGCCCCUGCAGCUACACCUUCGUCCUGCCAGAGAUGGACGCGUGCCGGGCCGGGGUCACCGAGCAGUACAGCAAUGCCAACGUGGCUCAGAGGGACGCGCCGACCGCCGAAGCCGACUGGUCGACCCAAAAGCUACAGCACCUGGAAACAGCCAUGGAGAACAACACACUGUGGCUGCAGAAGCUGGAGAACUACAUCCAGGGGAACAUUAAAACAGAGCUGGUUCAGAUCCAAGCCUACGCUGUUCACAACCAGACUGCCACCAUGCUGGAGAUGGGCACCAACCUACUGACUCAGACGGCAGAGCAGACCCGCAAACUCAACGUCGUGGAAGCGCAGGUUCUCAACCAGACGUCCAGGAUUGAGAUCCAGCUGCUGGAAAACACGCUGUCGACACACAAGCUAGAGAAGGAGCUGCUGAUACAAGUCACGGAGAUUUCCAAACUUCAGGACAAAAACAGACUUCUGGAGAACAAGGUGCGCGUUCUGGAGUCACAGCAGAAGAGCGAGAUGGACCGCCUGCGGGAGGAGAAGCAGAGGCUGCAGAGCGUGGUGGUGCAUCAGACGACCGCCAUCGAGGCCCUGGAGAGGCAGCUGCACGUCGCCAGCAGCAACAACUCCGCCCUGCAGAGGCAGCAGCAGCAGCUCAUGGACUCAGUGCACAGACUCACGAGCCUCUUAUCCAUGGGAUCAGCGCCACACUGGAGGCAGCUGAGAUUUCGGGACUGUGCCGAGAUCUACAAGGCAGGUUAUAAUACGAGCGGCGUGUACCGCAUACACGUCGACAGCAACGCGACAGAGCCAACCAAGGUUUUCUGCGACAUGGAGACCAGCGGAGGUGGCUGGACAGUCUUCCAGCGCAGAGUAAACGGCAGUGUGGACUUCCAGCGGACAUGGAAGGAGUACAAAAUGGGCUUUGGUGAUGUUGCUGGGGAGCAUUGGCUGGGCAACGAGGUGGUGUUCAGGAUGACCAGCCAGCUGCAGUACUCGCUGCGGGUGGAGCUGCAGGACUGGGAGGGCAAUGCGCCAUACUCACUUUACGACAAGUUUCAGCUGGGUAGCGAGAAGCAGCAUUACCGGCUGUUCUUGAGGGGCUACAGUGGAACUGCAGGGAUGCAGAGCAGUCUGGCCUCCCACGGCACCAGUUUCAGCACUCGUGACUCUGACAAUGACAACUGCCUUUGCAAGUGCGCCCUCAUGCUGACUGGAGGCUGGUGGUUCGAUGCUUGCGGCCUUUCAAACCUCAACGGCAUGUACUACACAGUGGGGCACAACAUCCGCAAGCUCAACGGCAUCAAGUGGCACCACUUCCGAGGCCCUAGCUACUCCCUGCGCUCAACCACCAUGAUGAUCCGCCCGUCAGACUUCUGAGGCGGGCAGCCGAUGAACCGCAGGGUGCCUGGAAUUUACCGAUCUGCUGGUGGAAAACUGAACUGAGGACGGCACCCUGGAGAUAGAAUACACCACCCCCUCCCCCCAAACAAAUCUACAAAAAUCCAGUGAGACCAUGCCUUAGACUCUCUUUUAACAGGUCUUCAACCGGUAAUCAAACUGUGUCUUUGAGGUGAACAAGACAUUUCACUCCAUAACCAAACAAGGGAAAAUCCAGUCAGCGCUUUUCACAGCAAUCGAGACGUGUGGACAGUGCUUUGUGAAUUGUCUGUAGCCAUGGAGAUCGGUAUAAGCCGGCGUGGCCUGGAGCAGCGAUAUUUUCUGAUGACAACGGUGCUGUGAGACGCUCAGUGCUGGUUGCAUGAUGAUUUCAUCCUUUGGCCAUGGUUCUGCGGCAAUUUUAUGGCCCCAUAACGCAACCCCCAACCCAUCACCGUCCCCUCCACAUCAAGCCAUGUGUUUUUACAAAUAGACUGCAUGAGCACUAUGUGACAAUUUGUUUUUUAAAUAAAUUUACUUCUUGUACAAUAUAUGCAUAUCAAGAAAGUUUCCUUUCACAUGUUACCGUCGUGUUUUUCUGUGUGACACAUUGUAAGUAUAUGGUGUUUAUGUCCAAGUGCGAUGAUCUGUCAACAUAUUAGUAAUUUAUAUUCUUUUAUUUUUUUAAUGCCAUGUUGCGACUCAACACACUGCAUAAAGUUUUAUACUGAAUAGUAAAAUUAUGUAGUAAGGCUUUUUUAAAACAGUCUUUAAUUCCAAUGUGCGUUAUAAUUUCAGUUACAUAAUUUCAGCAGUUUUCAGAUUUUUUCUAAUAUUGCUUAUAACUGGACUGCCUGCUCUUGAGUGUGUCAGAUUUCAACCUUUCCACUUUGAAGAUGAUUUUUUUAUAAUGGUAAUUCAGACAAUCGUGUAUGUUCUUAAUUAUGGUAAUUGUUACUGUGUGAUGAUGAAUCCUCCAAACAUGUGAAUUUAGGACUGAUUAGGUCUGUAUUACUUACCUAUUCUGGGGAAGACACUAUUACAUGAUAACUUUUAUGCACUUUAUAAUACUGAAACAAUAACUUACUAUUAUAUUUGUUAUACAAUAAAGGAUGUCAAAUGACCAAGUAUGUAACUGAUCAGAUAACCAGAUAAAUGCAAUCUUAUAAUGUAAAAGUUCCUUGAGUUGUGUUUUAUAGUGUUUUCUAAGAAUAAAUCUUAUGUAUUUAUGCUA